AUGAGAAGUGGGUCACUGCAAACAGAAAGUCCUUGGCUAUUAUUAAAAGUGUUUUUGCCUGAGUUUAUCAAGGAUAGUAUUGAUAAAAAAGAUAUUGCUUCUAAGUAUUUGGCUACAAUAAAAGCAAAAGUUGAUGACUCUAAGAAAUCACAAGCUUAUGAUCUCAUGGGCAAAUUGACUAAGGAUAGAUUUGAUAGAGUUGGAAGUGCUAGAGAGCACAUACUGGAACUGGUUUCCUUGAGAAACAAGAUUAAGAGUGCAGGUAUCAACUUUGAUGAUGAUUUCAUGGUCACCAUUACUUUAAACUCUCUACCUGAGAGCUAUAAAACUCUUAAGACUACUUAUAAUGCCCUAAAUAAUAAUUGGGAUAUUGAUGAAUUGAUCAAUGUCCUAACCCAGGAAGAGGGAACAAUUAACAGGACCAAAGUUGAAAGUGCCAAUCUUACUUAA